AUGAAUAUUCCAAGUGAAUAUAAAUCAGUGACUGAUUACGCUGUUAUUUGUGGCAAGAGAUGUCAAUUAUUUGAAAAUUUGUUAAGAGGUAGAAAACUAAAGAAUUUUGAAGAUUGUUUAUGUAAUACCUAUUAUAUAAUACUUAGAUACUUGUGCAGAGCAUGUAAAAGAUAAUAUGGAUAAGUUACAGGUUGAUAAAUAUGAUGAAUGA